AUGAACACUUAUGAAGACUAUGGUGAGGAGGAGAUCAAUGAUUACAUCAUCCAGCUCAAUAUUCAGGACUCCUGCCAAGAGGCCUUUCUGAAAUCUGCAGCAAGUUUAGCCGCAGUAACAGAUGAAAAUUUGAGAGUCCUGGCUGCCAUCGAGCAAGGUAAGGUCACAGUGCUCAGGGAGAUGCUGAGGCACACCUUGGCCUUCAGGGAGUCGGACAGUCACGGCUGGCUUCCCCUCCACCGAGCCGCAUCCCAGCCAGUCCUGGAGGUUCUGGAGACUGUCUUGAGAUUGGCAGCUCAGGGGCUCAGCCUGGAGGAGAGGACGGCCGUGGAAGGAGAGACGCCACUGACACUGGCAGUUAAAGCCGGACUGGUGCAGAAUGUGAAGAGCCUGCUGGAGCACGGAGCCUCGCCUCACAACACCAACAGCAAAAAUGAGUCACCGCUGCUGCUCGCUGUGAGGGCCGGCUCUUACGAGAUGGCGUACACGCUGGUGUCUCAAGGCACCUGGGUGGAGCAGGUUUGCCGGAAGAAGUGGACGGCAAUGCAUGAGGCCGCCAAAGUCGGCAGGGUGGACAUCCUGAUGCUGCUGCUGAGGAACGGCGGUCGGGUAAACAGCAAGGACGUGACAGGAGUGACGCCCCUGUCCGUAGCCGCAGAGCACGGACACUCCCACGUCGCUGAGAUUCUGCUGAACUGUGGUAGCAGAGUGAACUCUCAGGCCUGUAAUGGAGAGAGUGUCCUGCAGGAUGCAGCCGGAUCAGGAAACACUGCCUGCAUUCAGCUGCUGCUGGACAACGGAGCCGAUCCCAACCUGCCUAGCAUCACCGGACACCUGCCCAUCCACAAGGCAGCGUACGCCGGACACUACGAUGCUCUGAAGAUGUUGAUACCUCUGACCACCAAGAAGGCCAUCAAAGAGGCGGGUCAGAGCCCGGUCCAUUCUGCGACGGAUGGAGGUCAGAGGUGCUGCCUGGAGCUCUUGCUGGCCUGCGGCUUCGACGUUAACUACCGCAUGAACACGAGAAACUCUGAAAACUACCGCGACAUGAGGAGAAGCGCACUGUACUUUGCUGUCUCCAACGGGGACGUAGACUGCACCAAAAUCCUGCUGGCAGCUGGGGCGAAGACGGACCUGGACCCACUGUGCUGCCUCCUGGUGGCGGUCAGGUCAGGGCGCUACGACAUUGUAAAGUUGCUUCUGGCGGCCAAAGCAGACGUUAACUGUUACUUCACAGUAGUGAGCGACACAGUGUUUCCCACAGCGCUGCAGUACUGCCUGAAGGACGAGGUGAUGAUGAGGCUGCUGCUCAACAACGGCUACAAGGUGGAGCGGUGCUUUCAUUGCCACCAUGACAAUGCUUCUAGUGCUGCGGAUGAGGUGGAGGGGAAAAUUCCUUUCUGUGAGUUCAUGAGCCUCUGCUGCCUCAUGCAUCUGUCUGGGAGCGUCGUCCGGAUCCUGCUAGACUACGUCAGCCACUUCCACAUCUGCUCCAAACUCAGACUCACCCUGGAAAACCAGGCAGAGUGGCCUGAAAUAUGUGACAUCCUCAGCAGUCCUCGCUCCCUCAAGCACCUCUGCAGACUGGACAUCCGGAGGCGUCUGACCCUGAAGAAACUCAACAAUCCGGAAAUCAUGAACUCACAUGUUUUCCCUCCAAGACUGAAGCGCUUCAUACUGUACCACGAGUUCGACCUCUACAGCAAGGACCCUGAACAAAUCGUAUAAAGACUUGUGGUCGAUGCAAGAGUCCCGCUUGCUCAAAGGAUGUAACAGAUUUUUAAUGGUUGUAAUCUCUGGUUCUGAUAUGCAUAAUACUGUAUAUAUAAACUUUUAUUAUUAUUAUCCAAGUACUUGUCUGCAUAAAUGUGAUUGUAAAAGACAAAAUCUACAUUUCAGACCAUUUACUGCAGGUCGAAUAUGCUUUUUCCAAAUCAAUUCCUUGUUUUUCCCCCUAGUAUGGCCUACAGGUGGUGAGAUAUCUAAACAACUACUUGACAGAGCUUAAUGAAAUUUACAGUGGAUAUUCUUAGUGACCCCUGUGACCUUUCAUCUAGCGCCACACUCAAGAAAAAUGUUCCUCUUGCAAUUGGUUAUAAAAUAUCAACAUCUAUUGCAAAAAAUUCUUAAACAGUAAUAUUUAAUAUUUUUCUUACAGUUAACCCAUACGCAGACCCAAACAGUUAAUGUAUUCAGUAACAAAUACUGUUUGUAUCAAAGCCCGAUAUCUUUUCUUCCUCUGUGCCAUAGAGCUUCAUAGUCAUUUUUUCACUAUUAAAAACACAUCAGUGAGCCUCACUGUUGCAUGAGUGACAUGUUCAUUCAUCACCGUGAACACACACUGUAGUUUAUUUUGACUCAGUCCCGACUUUAGUGCCCAACAACUGCACUACUUCCUCCUGUUUGAGUAACAUUAAAAACUACAGUGACAAGCUGUUAUUUGGAAAUGACUGAGCCUCUUUUAAAAAUGAAACAUUAUAUUUGUGAUGUGUUUUUAAAGAGUUAUGUCUUCACUAGGAACCAAUGGGCUUUAGGCUGAGAGCCACAGACAGGAAGUCAGAAAGUAUUGAGAGGCAUACUAAGACGUUUUUGGUUCUCUUAUUCGGUCAGCCAUAUAUCUGAAUGUUUCUUUUUACAAUGUAAAUA